AUGGCAGCGCUGGAUGGCAACAUUGCGACGGCCAGCACGGAGGUAGAAGGCGGCACUGCGGUAGCCAUGGUGGAGCAUUGGAGCUGGACCGAGGCGUUGCGGUCAGAGGUACAUGGCUGCAUCAUCGUCGCGGCUGUGAAAAGCGGGUAUUUUGGUAUUUCAGACAACGCACGAGAAUCUCUGUCAGGUGGUAGGCCUAACGUCUAUGAUCAAGGAUGCCUAAGUAACUUUCUAGAAGUCUUCUGCACCAAGGUACAGGCUUCCAAGCUCAAGUUCCAGACAUACAUACAAGAGGAAGUGAGAGCUCCACCAGCCAACCGUGUUGGGGAGGUAGAAGAUGAACCAGCUGGUGCUCGCCAUGCAAAAGUGGAAGAUGACCGGAUACUGGUGUUGAUAUUAUGA